AUAUUUGUUCUGAUCGUCUCACAAAUAUUCUUUAGCUCAGUUUUUACUCAUUUCUUUGUCAAUGGAUCAUUUUAAUUUGCUCAAAGUGAUCCAAACUUAUAUUUCAUUAUUUCAUAGAGUCUCUCAUAAUUUUUGGUAAAGUAAUAUAUCAACUCUAUAUUUUUCUCUUAACCUUGUGAGCUAAAUUCUUCAGUGUCUAAAUCAAUUCGUACCGGUUUUAUAAAUAUCUUCCCUAAAUAUCUAGUAAUCCAUCCUCAUCCUCUGUGACUCACGUUCACUCCCUCCUUCUUUUUCAUUGUCACGUUUCUUUCUUUCUUGCAGCAGACCAUAAUCUUUCUUUCUUAUCCUUCUUCUUCUCUAUUUUCUAUAUAUAAGUAUAUAUCUGGUACCACUCUCUUGUCCACUCACGCUGCUCUCUUUCAAUUCAGAUUGCAUUAGCAUUCAUUACAAUUCCAAAUUCUCUCUUGUUCACUUUCGUUUUCUCUUUACAGCAAACCUCAUCAUGUUCCAUUUCUUCUUCCUCUAUCUUUUUCUCUCUUUUCCUUCCCCUGGGCAGCAUAAAAAAACGCACAUCAUGGUCCCUUUUCCUCCCUCACGUGAUUCCUUUCUUGUGCAGCACCAUCAUCUUCAUCUUCCAAUUUUAUGGGUACGAAGGACGAAAGCGCAUUGCGACGAAGCUAAAGAAUAGAAGGAAGCAAGCCGACGCGGAAAACAAAGAUGUGAUAGGAUUGGAGUUGCAGUUUAGGAAGAAAAUUGGCUAAGAUAGCGAGAAUGAAGGGCGGGAGGAAGAGGUCACGACAUGCUUCUACUAGUGAGGAUCCAGCGGAUCGAUACGAGCGCUUGCAUGCUUCUACCAGGCGCGGCGACCAUAUUGCAGCCACUCAGGCGGUAGAGGCUUCAGCUCCGUCUCCAUCCCCAUCUGCUACUCCGGUCGAGGCUCCGUUAGCUACCCCGGCUCCAUCUGCUACUCCGGUCGGGGCUCCGUCAGCUACCCCCGCUCCGUCUGCUACUAGGGCUCCGGCUGAGCUGGACCCUGCUCCGUUGUCUCUGAUGGCUGAGUUACCUCGUCAGGAGACAUCUUCUUCUGAGCCUAGUGGCGAGGAGUCUUCUUCUUCUUCUUCUGAGCUUAGUGGUGAGGAGGAGGAGCCUCUUAUUUUGUAGGAGGAGAUUGAUGCUGCUGAUGUUAUGCCAGAUGUGGUGCCAGAGGGCGGUGCAGAGGGCGGUGCGGAUGACGACCUCAUCCAGAGGGUGGCACCGUUUCCCGGGGGGCCUGAGAAUCUGUCGCUUCUUGCGCAUUAUCCUGACCACAAGGCUCCUUGGACGUGGCAGGCACUUCUUCGCACAGACCCGCGGUACGUGGACCGUCGGACAUUGAGGGUGGCCACUGUUGGGGGGAAGGUAUGGAACCUCCCCUGUGAUGGCGAUUCAGAGGCCCACACACAUGUGCGACAGCUGCUGCAGCAGACGGGUUUGUAUCACCUGCCUUGGUGCGGGUUACCGGAGACAGACCCAGCUGUCGUACUGGCCCUUGUUGAGAGAUGGCAUGAGGAGACGAGUAGCUUCCACAUGCCGUUCGGGGAGAUGACUAUCACCCUGGACGAUGUGUCUGCUCUUCUCCAUCUUCCCACAGGGUCGAGGUUCUACACUCCGGGCAGAGGGGAGCGAGACGAGGUUGCAGCGCUCUGCGCCCAGCUCCUGGGAGGAUCUGUUGCUGCUUAUCUGGCUGAGUUUGAGGCGGCGGGUGGCCAGAACAUUCGGUUCAUUACUCUGAAGACCAUGUACACGUCUGCUAUGGAUGGGGACGCUAUGAGGAUGCUGCUAGGAUCUGGCUGGUGAACCAGCUUGGUGCCACCCUCUUUGCCAGCAAGCUUGGUGUCUACUGGAUCGGGAUGCUUGAGGACCUCGAUCGCGUGUCGGAGUACGCGUGGGGUGCGAUUGCGCUGGCUUCGUUGUACGAACAGCUGAGUCGUGCAUCCCGCAGGAAGACAGCGCAGAUCGGUGGGUUCACCUCCCUCGUGCUGUCAUGGGCGUAUGAGUACAUAUCCAGCAGCGUCAUUAUUAGGACGGAGGUCCCCGGCUACACACAGGACCAGCCUAGGGCGCAGCGGUGGUCCACGUCUUGGAUCGCGCAUUCCGGACUCGAUGAGAGACGAGUCAUGCUCGAUGAGCUUACAGUGGAUGAUAUCACAUGGACCCCUUUUGAGGACCAUCGAGAUGUUCGACCGCGGGAUCCCAGGGCCCUCUAUUCCGGCUACAUCCGGACACCUUACGGCCGGUCUGUGAGCCGACAUCUACCAGAGCGGGUUAUGCGCCAGUUUGGCUUCAUACAGGACAUCCCUCGACACCCCUCUGAGAUCCAGACGACGGGGUCCCUUGCUGAGACCACAGAUGCUGCCUAUGCUGAGUUUGAGCCGCACCUCCGCCCUUAGGGGAUACCUGCUACAUAUCCGGGAGAGGCGGUGGAGGGUUACAUGAGGUGGUAUAGCAGAGUGUCACAUGUGUUCA